AUGUUCUUUAACAAUGGCUAUUCGCCAACGGCGUCCAAGAGAAAUGUCAAAGCUGGGCAUGAAAACGUAGUUGAAUGCGGGGUGAUUAGCCAGGGCAAAUACAGAAGUCUUUCACAGUCUAGCCCGUUUGAACUGUAUGGCAUCAGUUCAACCGAUCCUUCGAUCGGUUCAUCUGAAAGUCCUGCUAUCAUUAUUAAUGAGAAGGUGGCCAUAAAUGACAGCGAUCCGAAAGCUUCAGUGAAAAAGGAGCCAGGGAACGAAAAUCAGCUAACAAGUUUGAUACAGAUUAUUGGCCCUUUCCUCGUUGCAGGUGUCGGCUCGAUGUGCACUGGCAUACUGCUCGAUAAAGUUAAAACCUGGCAGAACUUCAAGUCAAUCGAAAGCCUCAUUUCAUUAGUACCUACUUUGCUUGGACUCAAAGGAAAUCUAGAAUUGACAGUUAUUGCACGACUUUGCACGGCCUCAAAUAUCGGCAAAUUAGAUGAGCCGAAGGCUUUACUUACCGUCUUUCGAGACAACCUCCUGCUAACACAGUUCCAAGCCACGAUCGUCUCAUGUUUGGCCAGCCUCCUUACAUUGGGAAUUCAGAUCAUUAAAGAUUCAUCGAAGCUUAACUGGGUGAAUGCCACCGUUGUCACGUCUUCAGCAGUUGUAACAGCGGCGGUCGCCUGCCUCUUUCUCGAGCUGUUUAUGAUCGGUGUACUGGCUAUUAGCCGUAAGCUUCGCAUCAAUCCGGACAAUGUGGUGGCACCUCUGGCAUCGUCUAUUGGUGAUAUCUCCACCCUGGCGCUGUUCGCAUGCAUUUCAAACCUCAUGUUCGCCCUCAAGGAUCAUAUAUAUUUCCUAAUCGCCACCAAAUGCCUGCUCAUUAUCAUAUGUCCCAUAUGGGGCUAUCUCGGUUGUCAGAGCUCAGACGUGCGCGUUCAUUUACAACAAAGCUGGCUACCCAUAUUACUCGCCCUGUGCAUCUCAGUAGGAGCUGGGUAUACUCUCGACAAGGCCGCUCAAAGUUUGGUGGUCGCCCCUGCCUAUAUACCCGUCGUGAGUGGCAUUUGUGGCAAUCUUAUUGUGAUACUCAUCUGCCGUAUGACCACUGUGCUAUGGCAGGAAAGCGAACUCGGCAAGGACGAUGGAACGAUCUCAGCCAUGCGAUCAGAUAAUCCGUUCCGUUGCCGUGGGAACACCUACAAAAAUCUAACUGGGACAUUCCAGCUACUGUUAAUAUUGCCGAUUGUUGCUCAUUCAAUUUUCUUGCCAGUUAUCUCAUCUGUCGUCAAAGGUGCAACUCUCACUGUCGUUUAUGCAGUUAUAUUUUUAUCGAUGACUUUCGUUCAUGCGCUCAUCAUGUUGUUCAUCACUCGAGAGACGGUCCUACAGCUUUGGCGCCGGGGAAUCGACCCUGACAUCGCUUCUAUUCCGAUACUGACUGCGGUGGCAGACCUCACCGGUGGAGCGUUUACCUGCGUUAUCUUCGCCACACUCUAUACCCUUAAGGACUCUAGUGUCCUACAUAAACAAGAGGGGCUCUAACUUACAACGUC